AUGAAAUUUGAGGUUCGUUACGGGAAUGAAGAUCGACGUUUGUUACCGUACUCCGGCAUAGUUCACCAUUAUUUGUUACUCCUACUCCGGCACAGUUCACCGUCAUGUACCGCUCUCCAACGUUUGUUACGCGAAUGA